UGACACCAUCCAUAUGAAAAGUCACCAAGUGGAGCAAACUUCUACGACGUGCUCGCAAACAAUGCUUUGUCUCCCUGAAACGUCAUUCCAGCCGGAAAAGCGCCUGCCUCGCUUCCGCAAGUAUUGGCAGCCCGGUACUCAUGCAGGGAAUGCACAGGACUGGACUACCCACGUGUGGUGUGCGCUUAUGCGAACGCAAUCAUGUCGGGCCCCAACCUUUGCUGCAAUGGAAUCACGUGCUGCCGAGGUCGGUGCGAAAUCUUUCACUCAGGAAUCGAUACUCCCAUCUGGGUUCCAGAUCUGGAAGGCUACUAUGAAUAUUCACGCCUAGCCUUGCCGAGUCACACAGUAUCAAAGACAGCAACUCUGGCUGUCGGCGUGUUGUAGCGUACCAGCAUGAGAUAUACGGAAACCUCUGGCCUUGCAAGGGAGAAGGAUUACCUAAACCUUGAUACCACAACUUACGUCCAGUCAUGGCGUUGGCGAGCACAGAACCAACAUUGUCCCAAUCACGGCCACCAUCAAUCGUCCAUGGGAGCACGGAAACGCCUUUACUUGAUCUUACGCUUGGAGAGCUACUCGACCUCCAAUGCAGGCGGUACGCGAGCAGAGAAUGCUUGAUAGUACCAUGGACUGGCGCGAGGUGGACGUACGGCCAUCUCAGAAAAGAAAGCAACAGGAUCGCGAAGGCGUUACUUCGUCGCGGCAUCCGAUCUGGAGACAGAAUCGCCAUCAUGGCUGGCAAUUGUGAGCAAUACGUGUCUGUCUUCUUCGCCGCCAUGCGGAUCGGUUGCAUCUUGGUCAUAUUCAACAACACCUACACUUCUCCCGAAGCACAAUAUGCCCUAAGGUUUACAGAAUGUAGGCUUCUCUUCACUACUCCUCGGAUCGGUCAUUGUGACAACAGACCACUGUUGGACGAGUUGCGGAAGACGCCUGGGACCGUUGAGGAGAUCAUCAUUCUUCGAGGCCAUGCAGGACAAUACACCUCGUAUGCGAGCCUCGCAGAGCAUGGGGCUUGUGAACCAGACGAGGUGCUUGCCGAAUGCGCCAAUACUUUCGGUACUUACGACGUUUGCAACCUUCAAUUCACCAGCGGGACGACAGGACAUCCGAAAGCUGCGAUGCUGACUCAUCACUCUCUUGUCAAUAACAGCAGAUUCAUAGGCGAUCGACUGGGUUUCACCGAAGACGACGUAUUAUGUUGUCCCCCCCCUUUGUUUCAUUGCUUCGGUUUGGUCCUCGGGUUGCUGGCUGUAAUAUCUCAUGGUGGCAAAGUCAUCUACCCUGCUGAGACAUUCAACGCGGCCGCUUGUAUGAGAGCCAUUCACGAGGAACAAUGUACAGCUUUGCACGGUGUUCCAGCCAUGUUUGAUUCAGUCUUCAGUCUCCCACGUCCCGAUGAUUUUGAUUGUCAUCGCCUGCGAACUGGAAUUAUUGCUGGAGCACCCGUUCCUCAGUACCUGAUGAAAUUGCUAUUCAGUGACCUCGGAAUGACAGAAUUUACGAGUAGUUACGGGUUGACCGAGGCUUCUCCCACAUGCUUCAACGCAAUGUACAGUGAUCCUAUCGACCUGAAACUCUCGACAGUGGGUCAGGUCAUGCCACACGCUCAUGCCAAGAUUGUCGACAGAGAUGGUAAGAUCGUACCUAUUGGGGAGCGAGGAGAGCUUUGCAUCGCCGGCUAUCAAUUACAGCGAGGAUACUGGAAGAACCCCGACAAGACUUCCGAAGUCAUGAUUCGUGACGAGACCGGCGUCUUAUGGUUGCACACGGGAGACGAAGCAGUCUUUCACGAAGACAAGACAUGCACCAUCACCGGUCGAUUCAAAGACAUCAUCAUUCGUGGCGGAGAGAACAUUUACCCUCUCGAGGUCGAAGAGAGGCUGACUCAACACGAGGCCAUUGAAAGGGCGAUUGUGGUCGGCGCGAAGCAUCGUCGAUUAGGAGAAGUCGUGGUUGCAUUUCUGCAAGGUGUUUCUCGGACGUCUCGAGGAACAGUAGCUACUCUCAGCGAUGAUGAGGUUCGCGAAUGGGUGAAGAUGAGACUGGGCAGGCACAAAGCCCCUGCACAUGUAUUCUGGUUUGGCAGGGGUGGUAUUCCGGAAUACAGUGCUGUGCCAUUGACGGGAAGUGGGAAGGUGAGGAAGUACGAGCUUGCCCGAGUAGCGGAGCAGAUCCUUGAGGGUGCUAAGCCGAAGCUAUAGGAUAGCGCUGGCCUCCACAAGAGUAUCAUACUCUGUGGGUCAGAUCUGCGAAUAGCAGCUAAGAGACUGUACGUUGGAAGACAUUCAGCAAAUCUAAAAGGUGAUUCCACGUAUAUAUGGUACUAUGGCACUUCUACGGCUGAGCCUUACAUCCGUCCACCUUUCCCCAUGCCUGAGGUGACACCUUCUAUAGCUCUGAACCGCUUUCAUCGCUCA